UUGAAUGAUGUAUAGCUAUUUCUGCACACAUCGUUUAAAGCUGUAGAAUCCAUGCAAAAAAAAAGAGAAGUUUGUUCAAAGUGAUUUUUUUUAUAUUCACAUCUGAUGAUGUUUUGAUAGGUAAAUUUUUAUGUAAAUGGUAAAGUGGUUAAAAUUACCUUCAAGCAGCCUCUCAGGAUGGGCAUAUUAGAAAACUACAAACUAAUGUAGACAAAUUACCAAUAAAUAUAUGUAGUGAUUGGAAUAGUCUAAUUUUGAUGAGAUUAUAAUAUUUCAGAUUUCGACACCCAUUCAUUAAGAUAUUGCAUUGUAUUUCGAAAAGUCCCAAAUUCCCUGGGCAUCUGAAGGGACCUUCAUUUGCAUUAUAUUAUAGAGCAAUGGUAGAACCCGAACCAGACGACGAGGAAGCACAAGAGGUCAAAAGUACACCGGAAGUCCGCACACAAUGGAACUGUACCAUAAUGAUUACAGUUAUAAUAGAAAUAGUAAUAUUGGCAGUUGUUUGUAUUUUGGAGUAUUUUCUGAGAUUCACAACAGUUUUCCCAAUACGAAAGGUUAACUUCUCUUGUACAGACAAUGAAAUUAAAUAUUCCACAUCACAAGAGGCAGGAUUUACCUUUGAUAUGCAGAUUCCUGAGGCAUUAAUAUAUAUAUUAGUUUUCUGUUUACCGAUCGGCAUUAUUUUAUUAACUGAAACUGGAAUUUGGGCAUUUGUCAGCGACAAAAAGAAAUCUUUAAAAGCUGGUCGUUUGAAAUUUACACAAGUUAUUCUACGCGUGAUGCGCUUUUCUGGUGUUUUCCUGUUUGGCAUUUUAUCGCUUAUGAUCUAUGUAGAUAUUAUAAAACUGAUGACAGGACGAUUGACACCAAGUUUUCUUGAAGUAUGUAAACCUAAUAUGUCACAGUGUAACUUCCAGUCUAAUUAUGGUGGGGACGAAUUGUGUACACAAACAGACGAAAUCAAAUUAAGACAAGCUAGGUCGUCGUUUCCAUCUUUAUAUUCAGCAAUGACAACAUUUUCCUGUGUAUUCAUUGUGUUAUACUUUCAUAGAGCUCUAAAAUCUCAUUCGGGGCGAAUAUUCAGACCGUUUCUAUCCUUUAUCUUCCUAAUGUUGGCAUUGGUAUGUGGUCUAUGGGAAAUACGUACCUAUCGGUGUCACUGGACGGAUGUAGUUGUUGGAUAUACCAUUGGUCUUGUUCUUGCAACAUACCUGGGUCUAGUUUCACUGCAAUACCAUAAACAACGAAAAGACGACGACAAUAUAAUAAUGUUUUUCCAGCAGUUAAUUAAAGAACAAGAAGAAGAGAACGCAAACAUGCGAGUAUCAAGGAACAGAAGUUUACAACGACAAAAAGUCAUAUAUUCCAGUCCAAAGACAAGAUGGCAUCGUGCUGUUACAACAAUACAAGAAACAAGACAGAAUGACCCUGAAUUGUACAAUACAUUCCAGAGAGACUUAUCAAAAGGCAUAGAUCAUUAUAGAGAUAGAAGGGGUACACUUAUUGAUUCAUCUCGUAUAACAUGAAUAAUUAAAUUUAUCGCUAUUUUG